GCUGCAUUACAGAGUCAAUAAGGACCAAGUGUUCUGCUUUUCGUUUACACAAGUCCUAUCUUGAGAUUAUCUACCGAGAUUUGUCAACAGGUGCCCCUGUGUUGUAGGGUUGAUAUUUCAUUACUUGUAGUCUUUAAACCAGGUAGGAAGUACUAUCAUUGGAUCCCGGACCAUAAUGUUUGUACAGCAGUUCCUGUGUUUAAUUUGUCUUCUGAAAUGCACCACUGUCGUCUUUUCCUACAAUCUUGUCAUUGUUCAUACAAACGACGUCCAUGCUCACAUUGAGGAAAUGAACAAAUAUACGAGUGCAUGUAAACCCGAUGACGAGAAAAAGGGAGAGUGCUAUGGCGGAGUUGCACGAAGAUUUACGAAGAUUAAUGAGAUCCGGGGCCAGGAUCCGGACCACACCCUUCUGUUGGACGCUGGGGACCAGUAUCAGGGAACAUUAUGGUUUAAUAUUUACAAAGGGAGAGAAGCCUCUCGGUUCAUGAACGAAAUGAAGUACGACGCUAUGAGCCUGGGAAAUCAUGAAUUUGACAAAGGUGUUGUGGGACUUAUUCCUUUCAUGGAAAACGUUUCUUUUCCAAUAGUCUGCUGUAAUCUUGACACGACCUAUCAGCAGAACAUGGAAGGACUCUUCAAUUCAUCGGUAAUCAUAGAUAAAGGUGGCAAAAAGAUCGGCAUCAUUGGAUACCUCAUAGAGGAAACUGCCUUUAUAUCUAACCCAGGGAAUCAUCUGCGCUUUAAAGACGUCAUUGAAUCUGUCAAAAACGAAGUCCAACGAAUCAAAUCUCAAGUAGACAUUUUAAUAGGACUCGGCCAUUACGGUUAUGGAAAUGAUGUGAAACUAGCAGAGGCCGUGCCCGACCUUGACAUCAUUAUUGGGGGACAUACUCAUACGUUCUUGUACAAUAUGACAGGACCCUUUCCCUCUAAUGAUAACCCCGAAGGACCUUAUCCGACAAUAGUUAACCACGGCACAAGGAAAACAUUAAUAGUACAAGACUACUUUGCUGGAAAAUAUCUAGGAUUCAUCAACGUUACGUUCGACUCUAGCAAUGAUGUAGAAUCCUGGACUGGUUUGCCGAUUCUACUGGACAACUCAACUUUACAAGAUCCUCAUAUAUUAGCGGAGGUAAAGGAUAUGAGUAAGUUGCUGGAAACAGAGAAACAAAAAAUAGUGGGAUAUUCGUCUGUGUACUUGGAAGGAGACUCAAAGAUAUGUCGUUUAAUGGAAUGCAAUCUUGGAAAUCUUAUAACGGAUGGAAUGGUCAGUUACCAUUCAAGAAACAUCCCAAUGAAUAACUCUUGGAGUAAUGCUGCCAUUGCAAUUCUUAAUUCUGGUGGAAUACGUGCACCAAUCGAAAGUGGAAAUAUAUCCCGAGGAGACGUGCUGACAACAAUGCCGUUUGGGAACAGUGUGGAUCUUAUUAAUCUCCAAGGAAAGUAUCUGAGACAGGCACUGGAGCAUUCUGUGGAGCGAUAUGACAGGCUUAAUAGAGUCGGGGCUUUCCUUCAACUCUCAGGACUGAGAGUAACUUACGACCUGUGUAAACCCGCUGGACAGAAAGUCGUCUCUGUUUACACACGAUGCAGGAAGUGCCCUGUUCCAAAGUAUUCUCCUUUAGAUGACAGUAAAAUAUACACUAUCGUUACUCUUGAUUUCGUCAUUCGGGGAGGAGAUGGAUAUCAAGUCAUUAAGGAUCAUCAUACAGAUCACCAGCGAUACAAUAACAUCGACAGCGAUGUCUUCACAACAUAUCUCCAAUCACACAGUCCAAUAAUUAAAGGAGAAGAGGGAAGGAUAACUCUGUUAGAAGACUGUACAAGUAGUGGAAGAGUUGUCAAACCUAACACGUUCUUAUUUCUUUUAAUUAUAUUAUAUAUUUUUGUUACAUUUAGAUAAAUUUGCCAGAUCAUCUCAUUGUUAUAGAUAUAUUUUGAGUGAAAACUACAUUUGUAU